AGACCUCCUGCUCCUCCUGCUCCUCCUGCUCCUCCUCUUCUGUAUGCAAAGCUCCUCUGGGUGUGUCUGCAGCUUUAAAAAGAUGAGGAGGAGGAGAAUCUUCAUCACAGAGCAGACGUCUUCUUCCUCCUCCAGGUUCGUUCAUCUUCUUCAUCCUCAGACUCGUUAAAAAUCUGUCUUAGUUUUAUUUUCAUUCCAACUUUUUAUUUUAAUUUCUUCUCUUUUCCUUUUUUCAAAGUUGAAUUAAAUUUUAAAUUCUGAGUUUCCUUAAAUUUUCUGUCAUAAACUCUUUUUUUAAUUGAACGUCCGAUCAUAUUUUCUUUUCUCAAACUCAAACUUGUUUUUACAUUUUGUCUUCCCUCUUAUUCCUCAUAUUUAUUUUGUCUUUUUGUCUUUUUCCUUCCUUAAUGUUUGUUUCUUGUACCUGUGUGACUCUUUUUCUCUUUUUCCCAAACUAAAAUAUUAAAGAAACAUGAAAAUUAAAGAAGGAAAAAGUUUGCCCUUAAAUUUAACUUUUAUUGCUCCUAUCAUCGUUUUAAUUUUAAUGACAAAAUAAAUUUAACCUCAAGUUCUAAUAAAUCUAUUUUUUUAAAUAAAAUUUUUAUUUCUUUGAAGUUUUUGAAUUUCUUUUUCCAAAUCCAACUGAACUUUUGUCUCGUCACGUAUUUCACCUCAUCGUUUUUAAAGUAAAGCUUUUCUUUAAUAAAAAAUUAAAACAAACUUUACCUCUGUUUGUUGUUAAAAUAAAGUAUAUUUGGAUGUUUUCAUUUAAACUUGUUUUAUUUAAAAUUUUAUUUAUUUUUAUUUAUUUAUUUAAUUUAUUAAUUAUUUUAUUUUUAUUGUUUAUUUAACUUAUUUUUAUGUAAUUUAUUAAUCUUUUAUUUAUUUAUUUAUUUUUAUUUGUUUAAUUUUUUAAAACUAAUUAUUUAUUUACUUUAUUCAUUUAUUUAUUUAUUUUUUACUUUAUUUAUUUUUUAUUUAUUUUUUUAUCAUUUACUGUAUUUUUAUUUUAUUAUAUUUAUUAAAUUUAAAGUAAACUUUCCUUUUUUUAAAUUUUUUUUUACUUUAUUUAAACUUUAAACUGGGUUUUAUUCUCAGACUUUAGUAAACUCGGUCUAAGGACUGUCACAGUGACGGUUUAUCUGUUAAUCUUUUUUUUCUCGACCUGUAGACGACCUUCAGCUGUAGACGACCUUCAGCCAUAGACGGUCCAUGAUGGGAAACAGCAGCACGGCGUCCUCAGCUCCAUCAGCUCCAUCGGCGCCACCCUGCACUCUGAACUGCAGCAUCAGCAGCAACGUCUCUGUGGGCGGAGCUUCUUCUUCAUUCCUCUUCCCCUCUCCUGGAGGGAACCUCAGCUUCCUGCUCUGGUUCCUGGAUUUCUCAGGGGCCGGUCUCACACGGAUAGUUAACCGCUGUCACGUCCAGGGCGGCUCUCUGGGCUGGUUGGGAGUCAAGAUCUUCAUCCUGGUGACGGCGUUUCCGGCCAACGCCGCUUUGAUGAUGACGCUGUUAAACAGGAGGAGGUCCAUGACCCCGUCUGAGCUGCUGGGCCUGAAUGUGUCCGUCAUGGAUGUCCUUUACUGCCUGUGUCUGCCUCUAGACCUGUACACCACCCUACACCACUCCCCUGACUCCGCCCAGGAAGCCCUGUUUGCCCUUAACGUGUUGGGCUGUCCGCUGCUGCUCACCUGCAUGUGUUUGGAGCGUUAUGUGGCGGCGGCGUGGCCCAUGAUCUACAUCCGAAUGGGGAGGUGGGAGUACCGAGUGGUCCUGUGCGCCUGUACUUGGGUCCUGACCCUGACGGCGGCCCUGCUGGGGUACUUCCUGGGUCUGUUCUCGGUUCUGCUGGGCCUGUCCGUCAUCAUCUCCCUGCUCUUCCUGCUCAUGCUCCUGAGUCUGCUGGGUAUCGUCCGGGUCCUGCGUCAGAGCGGUCCAGGGGACGCUUCAGGAUCUGGUGUGCCGUUAAAGAGGCGGGCUCUGAAGAACGUCUUGGCUGUGAUGGCGCCGUCCGUCGUGGCGUACUCUCCUCUAGUGGCUCUGGUUCCAUACAUGGCGGUUAUCACAUCCCAACACUCAGACGCCGUCAGCCCCGCCCAGUGUGACGUCCUGCAGGUGCUGCUGCUCUUCCCGAACUUCGGCCUGUUCAUCGGACCGACGUUCUACCUGUCCCGCCUCCGCCAGGUGAGCUGCUGGGCCAGAAACAGGAAGGAGCAGAACGACCGAACACAGACAGAGUGA